CAGAAUACAACACGUGGAGAGGCUGAAAUAUGACGUUUCUAUUUAAUCAUGGUACCAUUAGGGAGGAGAUGGGAAGAAAGUGCUAAGCUACCCGAAACAUAAACCAAGUCGGCAUUUGCGCUGCACCGGAACAAGUGUGCACACAAUCCUCUGUGCACACUCACCCACCAGAGGAGGCCAGCCCAGCCGGGACCAUGAGCGAGCGUGGCCCUCGCACGGAGGCCUCCAUGUUUUUGCAGGUGGAGGUGGACCGCCUCGAGCGCGAUGACAAAGAGGACAACGAUGAAGACAAGAUGGCGCACUAUGACGACGACGACAAAGAUGACGACGACCUGAUGUUGGCACCCUCGGGCUCCCGCGUCUACGACCGCACUACGGUGCUCAUCGAGCAGGACCCCAUCCGUCUGGACGAGGAGGGAGAGGAGGACCAUGGACACUGUGUCGGGGGGGACCACGACGGUGGGGGUACUUUCCUGGUCGAUGAGGAGGAGGAGGAGGAAGAGGAAGAAGGCUCUAUGACAUUCAUGGGCGACCAGGACGGCAUGUCGCAGGGAUACGUGCAUCACACCAUCUCGCCCGACCAGAUCCAGUUCAUCAUCAACCCGGGGUCCAUGGCCAUGCCACGCAACAUCGAGGGGGCCACCCUCACCCUGCACUCGGAGUGUCCGGAGACCAAGCAAAGAGAGGUGAAGCGGUACCAGUGUAUGUUUGAGGGCUGCACACGGACCUACAGCACGGCGGGCAACCUGCGCACACACCAGAAGACCCACCGGGGCGAGUACACAUUUGUGUGCAACCAGUUGGGCUGCGGCAAGGCCUUCCUCACCUCCUACAGCCUGAAGAUCCACGUGCGCGUUCACACCAAGGAGAAGCCCUUUGAGUGUGACGUACAGGGCUGCGAGAAGGCCUUCAACACUCUGUACAGACUGAAAGCGCACCAGAGACUGCACACGGGGAAGACGUUCAACUGCGAAUCGGAGGGAUGCACAAAGUACUUUACCACACUCAGUGACCUGAGGAAGCACAUUCGCACUCAUACAGGGGAGAAACCAUUCCGGUGUGACCAUGAUGGUUGCGGCAAGGCGUUUGCUGCCAGCCAUCACCUAAAGACGCACGUGCGGACACACACAGGGGAGAAGCCUUUCAAUUGUCCCAGCAACGGCUGUGAGAAAGCAUUCAGCAGCCAGUACAGUUUGAAGAGUCACGUCAGGGGCCAUGGGGACAAGGGCCAGCCCUUCAGUGUUACCAUCACUCACCCCCUGUCCGAGGAUGCAAAUCAUUCACUGUGCCUCAGUGACUUGAGCCUCAUCUCGACUGACUCGGAGCUCAGAGAAAACAUCCACAAUUCUCAGAACUUGGACUUGAACAAUGUUACCCCCGUGAGGAUCUUUGAGCUCAUGUUCCAGAGUCCUGAGAACAGUGUCAGUCAAGACGAUGCCCAUCCUCACGAGAGCCUUGUCGAAGCUUUUGGCCAGGAGACUGGUCAGUCCACCAUGGGCGAUGGAUCCACCCCCAUCUCCUUCUCAUUCUCCCUUGUCCCUUCCUCCUCAUCGUCCUGUUCCCACCCACACUAUCACCCUCACUCCGACACCACCUCCACCACUGUCCUGGAGGCUUCCUCCCAGCUCCCUCUUAGCCAAACCCCCUCUUCCCAACUGCCAGCAUCUCCUGCCACCAUUAGUAAUGUUACUGCAAUCAGUUCCACCCAGCCCCUUGCCACCUUCGUACCCUUACCCACUGCCAUGCAGACACCAGAUAUGCCUGCCCCCAACGUGGCACUGCCCGUACAGACCACUCCAAUAGUGCCCUCUGCUGCGCCAGUAUUGGUGCCAGGCCCAGCCCUCACCAACGCGGCUCUGGGCACUGUAGUUGCUGCCACCCCCACAGAGACUGUGCCGCUGCCGGCCGUGGCUCACACACACACAAUGCCUUUGGCCAGCAACACCAACCCUGCCCUGGCGCCCCCAGCCUCUGCCCCCACCAUCGCCCUAAGUCACAGCCACACCCAGAGCCUGCUGCAGCCCAGCAUCGUCAUGUCCGACCAGAACCUGCAGUGGAUCCUUAACACCGCUGCCAACAGCCAACAGAACCCAGAGCAAGCGCCACACGGAGGUCCAAAAGUGGAGAAGGUCUUCUUUACCACAGCCAUACCAGUAGGAGGCAAUUCAGGCAACUCUGUCCAGCAGAUCGGCCUCAGCCUGCCCGUCAUCAUCAUCAAACAGGAGGAGUCCUGCCAGUGCCAGUGUGCCUGCAGGGACUCUUCUAAAGACAAGCUCUCGAACAAGAGCAGCAACACCUCGGCAGCACCACAACAACAGCCCACAGUGCUCCCCGCUCCUCUACCACCCUCCGCUCCCAUGGCACUGCCCUUUUCCCCCGUACUCCCCCCGGCACCCUCUUCCCCCUUGUGCUGCCUCCCACCGCUCACCUCGGAAGUGAACGAGUCCCCUCCUCUUCCCCAAACAGGAGCGUUACUAGGACCGGGUAGCCCCUCGAACUCUGUACAGACGUUCCCCCCAGGGGUGGCCACGGCGACCACCAACCCCCCUCCGAUCAUGUCCAUGAUGGCCAAACCAUCCGUGUCGGAAUUCCUGUCCCUGCAGAGCCCCGAGAGCACGGCCAACAUCGAGGCUCUGCUACUGGUGACCAGCAAUGAUGACUUCACGCUGGCCACCGCUGGCACUAGCACCACCACCAACUCCUAGUGGACACUCAGGCUUCGUCCCUAUUCGCCACUCUUCUCUUGCAUACUCCCAUUCAUGGAUUUAAAAGCAUUUUUGUGUAAGCGUUGGGCAGAGGGAGUUUCUACCAUUGUUAAAUUAAAGGGAGUGUGCAUAUGCACACAUUAGGAGAGGAUAUAGAAUCAGGACGCAGCCGUACUAGCCGAUUUACCCACUACGCAUCCGCUUUUCAAGUAUGGUAAGUGAAACUUAAUGAGGGGGCUUAUUUUGAAAAAGCAGCUAAAUGCAUGCCAGUCAAGAAAAGUGUUCUUAAUUAGCUGGCUCUCCAUCAAACAAGACAAGGUCCUAAGCACUGAUCAUUUGAAAGGCCCGAGGAACUAUUGUGUGCUUCUAAUAUGGCGUGAAGCUGAUUCCUGAGAGCAACAAAACAUUGUCUAUAUCCAUGUACUGUACAAUAGUUCUUAACUGUAACUAUUAUGAUUAGUUGGUAAGUGAUUGAACAGAAUGCACUGCAUGUGAAGUGAAUUGGAAUUUCAUCAACUAUAUUUCCUACAAGGAAUUAGUGUUGCCAUUCCCUUAAAAGCAAUGUCUUGCUAAUGCCAUAAUGUGAAGAGUAAUUUCCAGUGUUUUACCUAAAUUAACUUGUGUAGUCCAGAUCAUUGUUUUGUCUUUUGUCUCACUUGUUCGUUUUUUGUCUUUCUUUACAGGCAUAUUUACUAAUUGAAAAAUAUAUUGCCUGUGACGCAAUGUGCUUGCCUUUUUAAAUAUAAUUUAGAAGUAAAUGCAUUAGUAAUAAGCCUAUAACUUAAUAUUUAAUUUGUCAAUAAUAUUUUAUUUAUUGGAGAGAGAAAAAAAAUCUAAAUCUCUGACCUUAGACUGUCAUCAAGUCACAGCUUAUUCAUCAUCAUUGUAAUCAUUGUUAAUUUAUUCCACUUUUCGCCCAAGGUUUCUUUUUUUAGUCCCCCCCCUGUUACUGAUUUUUGUUUUAUGGAGCCCCUCUCAGUCUGUUUCAGAAAGCUGUUUCAACACAACGCAAUUAAUGAUAUAUCAAGGUUGUCAAAAGUCCUAAAUUGAGUUUUGGUCAGCAAAACCUCUUCACAAUGAAAUCAUGAAUCAAUUAUGAAAAUAAUUGCUCACGACACUGUUUCUCUAUGAAUUAUGACGCACUCAGGGAUGCAUCAUGGCAUAUCUCAUUUAUACAGCUUGAGAUGUUCCUUUAUUUAAUAAGAGAUUGUCCAUUUUGACAUUUUAGAAAGCAACCGCCCGGAUGCCCAUCGAUUGUAGUAGCCCCCUUUUUCGGCUGCACUCUCCCCUCUUUGUGCACAGUCUAAUAUGACUAGUUAUCUGCGUUAUUACUAUGACUAUUUAAAUACCACUGCUGUCAGAAGGGGUUUCUGAAGGGUGUUGAUGAUGGUGUAAAUACAUUACAUUUAAAUAUAUGAACACUUAUUCCUUCAGAUUGUUUAAGAAUGUAUUUGUUUUGUAUAUACAUUUUGAAUAUGUAGACUUGAACCUUGGAGACUAAAGACAAUACACCCUGCGCUGCCCUUUGUCUUUGCAUUCUGCCCCCAUGCAGAUGCUCUCACAUCUUAUGCAGAAGAGUUUAAAAUGAAGCCUAAUAAUGGUUAGUUUUAGGGCCACUGGCUACUGUGCAGUCAACAUAGUAUUUAUUUUCAAAUGCAAGUGUAAGUAACCUUCUUAGAGUAUAUGACAAUAUUGUUUCACAUGGGACAUAAUGCAAUGAUUAUAACAAAAAAAAGAAAAAAUUGGAGAGAAGGCAUUAUGCCCAAAUAUCAUGUGUAGAGCAACCUUGCCUUACUACAGGAUAUCUCACUUGCUGUGGCUUACUGAGCAGUCUCCUUGUCUUGUCAAUCUUUGCCUAUGGCUUGAUUUGGACAUGCUGCUUGAUUACGUUCUCCUGUUAAUCUAGUCUUGUUCUCAAUGCCUUUUAGCAGCUGUCUACAAGUGGCCAAAAUUACAUUGAAAAGAAAUGCUUCAUUUUGUGUUUGAAGAUUUAACAGAUAAAUGUGCCAACAAAUCAAAUGAUCCCAAUUAUUAUUUUUAUGUAAUUGUUUUGUGAAGAUGUUACUGCAGAAAUAUACUGUAGACUGAAAUUGUUUCUCUUGAUUCUUUGUAGUACUGUAUUGGAGACAACUUCUUAAUACUUUAUUUUACAGAUCACUACAUCAAUGUUGUAGUUGGAAAUUAGAAUUACAUCAACAUUUUAAUUGCUACUUCACAGGCAUUGAUUGACAGCAGCUAUCAUGAUCUAUUAUUUAGCAUGUAAAGGGUGACCGAGAUCCAACAUAGGCGUCAUCAUAUAUCAUAGGAUAACAGAGUACGCAGGAAAUCUUUAUCUGGCAGACCUGAGUAGGAGAAAUGUGUAAACUAACAUGGGCUUUGCCCUUUUCCUGUUUUGAGAUUUAACUGAUACCAAAACUUGAUGAUAACCUGGAAUAUUGAUUAAUGUAGCUAGCACUUAAAAUUGGGUCCACUAGAUUGUGAAUUGUGAUUUGAGAUUGUGGGGCAAAUCUGUCGUUCUGCCCCUGAACAGGCAGUUAACCCACUGUUCCUAGGCCGUCAUUGAAAAUAAGAAUUUGUUCUUAACUGACUUGCCUAGUUAAAUAAAUGUAAAAAAAAAAAAUUAAUAAUCAAAUAUUAAAUCAUUAGUUUCUUAUUGAUAUUUAUACUAAAUAAAAAUAUUAACGCAACCAUUUUUGAAAGAUUUUACGGAGUUCAGAAAAGGAAAUCGGUAAAUUUGAAAUAAAUUAAUUAGGCCCUAAUGCUUGGAUUUCACAUGGGUGGGCCUGGGCCCACCCACUGGGGAGCCAGGCCCAGCCAAUCAGAAUGAGUUUUUCCCAACAAAAGGGUUUUAUUACAGACCUAAAUAAUGAGCUGUCUCUGUGGCUGGUCUCCGUCAAUCCCACAGGUGAAGAAGUUGGAUGUGGAGGUCCUGGGCUGGCGUAGUAACACGUGGUCUGUGGUUGGACGUAUUGCCAAAUUCUCUAAAACGAUGGAUGUGGCUUAUGGUAGAGAAAUGAA